GCAAUUGGAAGACAGUGCGCAUAUUACACCAGCCACAGAAGACGCACUACUGCGGCAAUACAGUGGAUAUAUCCGUUCUAUCGCAACAGCUGUGGAGUAUGACACGCACUGCUCCUUGGGGUCGUAUUCGUCUCGUGCGCCCGUAGACGAUCUUCCUCGUAAUCACAACCAUGUCUGAAGCAGGGUCAAUCUCAUCUUUCCAUACCGCGGAUAGUACGAAUGCAGAUGGAAACUCCUCUGUUGCUGACUCCCAGUCAACAGGGAGGUCUACGCUACCACAGUCAUCACUUCAUACAUUCCGUACUGCUAAUGGAACUAUAGAAGUCCAGGCUUCUGUUGAUGAGUUCGAAACAGCGGUAGAGGCCGGACGGACCCUCAGCAGUAGCACGACGCAAUCCACACGCCGCAACUUGGGAAGCUCAGCGUCAUCUACUUCCCAUAGUGAUCCGAACAGAUCAAACGCUGCCCUUCGCAUGCGGUCUUUGAGUUAUGCUAUAACCGAGUCAAUGAAACCUGAUAAGCGCAUUGGACAGCGUCCUAGCUUUGCACAAGGCAUUCGAAUGCUAAUACUAUCCUCAUGGUUGAACGUCCUCUUGAUUUUCAUUCCUAUUUCAUGGGCACUUUAUUUCAGCAAAUUCAAGGCACCUAUUGUCUUUUCAUGUCUAUAUCUUGCGGUUAUCCCACUAGGCAACCUUAUAGGUAUUCUAACUGACGAGAUCACUCUACGUAUCGGUACUGCGUUCGGAAUAUGGGUUGCUACCACAAUGGGAAACAGCGUUGAGUUUAUAUCGGCGAUCGUUGCGGUACGCAACUGUGAACUUUGUGUGGUUCAGUCUUCCCUCGUCGGCGCUAUGCUCAGCAACCUCCUUCUCAUACUUGGACUAUGCUUCUUUGCGGGAGGGACGCGGUUUUCAGAGCAGGGGUUUAGUCCAGGAAUCGCCCAAAUUAACUCCUCUCUUCUUGUCCUUGCCGUGAUCGCAGUAUUACUUCCUGCUGCAUUCCAUUUUUCCGUGAAUGGACAGCUCACGGACCCAGAUCAAGGCCAAGCCAUUCUACGCAUGAGCCAUGGGGCUGCCCUCGUGCUACUUUCCCUUUAUUUCAACUUCGUUCUCUUCCAAUUGUUCUCUCACGUCCAGCUUUAUAGCGACGAGCGCAGCCCCGACACAUUUCAAAACUCUUUUGGCGAACAAACUUCAAACACUAGAGACCCCGAGUCAACACUGUACGAAGAGGAGGAAGAGGAAGUUCCAUUCCUCAGCAUCUGGCUAGCGAUUGGAUUCCUUGUUUUCGUGAUUGCUCUUACCGUCGCCACUGUGGAAUUCCUUGUCAACACCAUUGGCGAACUUACCGCGACAGGCGGUAUUAGCAGGGAGUGGAUUGGCUUGAUUUUGCUUCCUCUGUUGAGUGGCAACACUGCCGAACGCAUAAAGUCGGUUACAAUUUCAGUGAAGGAUAAGAUAAACCUCUGCAUUAAGACUGCCGUUGGAUCAACAAUACAAAUUGCCAUCCUUAUCAUUCCAUUAGUGAUAUGCAUCGCAUGGAUUAUGGGCAAGCCCUUGACCCUAUUGUUUGAUCCAUUCGAAUGUGUGGCCCUUUUCCUUAGUGUCCUCACUUUGAACUACAUUCUUGCUGAUGGCAAGACUAAUUGGUUUGAGGGCAUGAUCCUGAUACACCUCUAUUUUCUUGUUGCUGUAGCAUUCUGGUUCUACCCCAGAUCCGAUCCUUCUGGUGCGCUCUUGCAAUGUUAAGUGGCACACAAAGUUGUUCCCAUCAAUGUUGCGAUAGAGAGAAUUCGAGGGAAUGUGGUCUACUUUGGAAGGCGAUUCAACCAUCAAAGACAAUACCACAAAACGUCCAGUGAACAACACGGUGGGGCUAGCUACAGUACAUAUACUGUAACAUAAUCGUACCCCGCACUAAUGCGGAAUGAUUCGAGCUGAAAGAACUGGAGUUGGAGAGAUCCUGAAUCACUUCGAACAGUUCAUCACGACCCGGGAGUUGAACAAUAGUUGAAGAGAACUACACUUUAUCAUUCAAGGCCCGUGCCGGCUGCCUCUGCUUGUCGACAAGACGAGUCUGGCAGAUACGUAUACAAGCCGCAAAGAUUAUCUGCAGCACUACCACAGCCCAUGCCCCCACUACGAUCGAGGCGAGCAUAACGUGAAUUGCUUUCGCCCUAAUUAUUCUUGAUGCGAAUGAGAGACGGGUUGCACGCAGGAGGGGCUAAGUAAUACAACAAGCGUAUGCUA